AUGAGUGAUUCGCCAUCAUCAGUUGCCGGUGUUCCUUGUACUCCUACUACUCCAAGUACUCCAGAUAUCUCUAUUGGGUCUACUAGCAGCUCAUCGUCAUCUAGUCGAUUGGUCAUCUCAGUUGUAGGAGAAAAGUUUGUUCCUAAUGGUCAUUCUAUUUCGAAGAGCAUCACAGAAACAUUCAAGGAACGACAAGACGCUACUGGUUACUCAUGGAAGGAUGUUAGUGAAUCGACUCGUAAAUUCUAUUGGCAUGAAUUUGUGGAAAGCUGGAAGACAUAUUGGGCCUCUGACAAGUGGCUGGAAAAAUCUCGUAUCACCACUCAAAAUCGACACAGUGAGACUGGUGGUCCAGGCACUGGUCCAAGCAAGCAUGCUGGUGGUUCUAAAUCAACAGUGGAGCAUACUAUAAAAUUGGCAAUAGACCUACGUCGUCCUGCAAAUUCAUGGGAUGUCUUUAAGAAGCUGCACAAAAGAAAGGAUGGCAGCUUUGUUGAUCCCAAGUCUAAGAGCAUUAAUGAUGAAAUGGAGGCUAGGGUGGCUGCUGCUAUAAGCUCAUCAGAUGAUUCACAAGAAGUUCAACAACUCGAUGUAAAUCGCAUAUACUUGGAUGUUGUGGGUGGAGAGAAAAAACGACGUGUGUAUGGAUUGGGCUCUCAAGCUUUGACUAUGUAUAAAGAUUAUAAUUCUGCCACUUCAUGCAAUAUAGUGACUGAUCGUGCUGCUGAUCAAGAGCGCAUCAAAUUACUUGAGGAAGAGAUGUUGCGAAUGAAAGAAAAUCAAGAGAGGAUUCUUCAAGAGCGUGUAGAGGCGGAAGUGCAACAACGCGUAGAGAAGGAGGUCUCGGAUCGGUUUAAGUCUAUGGAGGAUCGAUGGUCUCACAUGAUGAGCGUGAUGGGUUUAUCUUCUCGCUCAUCUGGUAGUCCUACUCUCCCUAACAGGGACUCACCAAAUGCUUAAGUGUUUAACAUUUUAGACUUUGGUUAGUUGGAUAUUCUAAGUGUUGUUUCCAACAUUUUCAGACUUUUGUUAGUUGGAUGCUUUGUAAGUUUAAAAAUUUUGU